UAACAGCAACUUCUGCUGUGUGUUCCCAAAGCAACAGAAACGGCCAUUUAAUUAGAUAUCCAAGUAUUUUUUUCAGGAUAUCAGACUCUGACGGUGUAACGUCUAAUGGCGACAACAAUCCGGAGGAGAGCAACGCGACGUUAAAACGCUAAAAGAGAAGAAGAAGCAACAGGAGGCUCAGACAUGGCGGACAGGUCUCCACCUAUCAAAUAAAGACACCAAGCAAAGCGGAAACCGAGGAGGAGAGCCGGCUUUUUGUUGUUGUUGUUUAUUCUAAUGUUGCCCGAAUAGCCGGGGCUUUUCCUCAGGACUGUAAGCCUGCAUGGCGUCCACUCCAGUCCGGCUCGGCCCGCAGGCCUUAGCGGUGCUCGAUGUGGUCCUGAGAGUUCCGUGUAUCUUUAUUAUCGACGCCAUUUUUAACUCGUACUACGACCCGGGUUCGGGAUGGACCGGCACGAUGGUGAAGGUGUUGGUGAGAGUCAUGGGUGUGCUCGUUUCCAGCCUGGUGCUGCUGCUCUCCCAGAAGGCCUUGUUUAAGUUCUACACCCUCUUCUCCGCCGUCCUCCUCGGCAUGGCGGCGGUGCUCAUCAACUACUACGCCACCUCCCACAUAGACUUCUACAGCGCCUACUACAAAGCGGCGCUGGGCUUCCGGCUGCUGCCCAGAAACGGGCCGACGCUGUGGCUGGGCGUGGCGGCGGUGCAGCUGGUGUUCGGCGUGGGCUACGUGUUCCUGCUCGACCUCCAGUCGGUGUUCGCCGCGCUGGUGGUCCUGGACAUCAUGAUCCCUCUGUGGGGGCUGAUGAUCGAGCUGCCCGCCGACGUCCGGCAGAUGGUGGCCGUGUUCUCGGGCCUGGCGCUGGCUCUGAACACGGCCGUGUGCCUGGCCGCGAGGCUCAAGUGGUUCUAUUACUCGUGCCGGUACGUCUACCUGCUUGUGCGGCACAUGUACCGGAUCUACGGGCUCCAGCUGCUGCUCGAGGACACGUGGAAGAGGAUCCGGUUCCCUGACGUGCUGCGAGUCUUCUGGCUGACCCGGGUCACCGCGCAGGCGCUGAUCCUGGUCUACGUGGUGCGUGCGGUGAGGAGGGAGAGCGGAGACGGAGGCACCGACUCACAGGGCUUCCUGCUGAGCUGGGACGUGUUCUGGGAUCUCACCAGUAACCUCAUCAUCUCCGGCUGUGACUCCACGCUCACCGUGCUGGGGAUGAGCGCCGUCAUCUCCUCCGUUGCUCACUACCUGGGCCUCAGCAUCCUGGCCUUCAUAGGUUCGACGGAGGAGGAGGAUAAGCGUUUAGGCUUCGUGGCUCCGGUUCUGUUCUUCAUCCUGGCUCUGCAGACCGGCCUCAGCAGCCUGGACCCCGAGGAACGCCUGGUCCGCCUGAGCCGGAACAUGUGCCUCCUGCUGACGGCCAUCCUGCACUUCGUCCACGGCAUGACAGACCCCGUCCUCAUGUCGCUGAGCGCCUCCCACGUCUCCUCCGUCCGCCGCCACUUCCCCGUCCUGCUGGUGUCGCUGGCGCUCUUCGUGCUCCCCGUGGCGCUCAGCUACGCCCUCUGGCACCACUACGCCCUCAACACCUGGCUGUUCGCCGUCACCGCCUUCUGCGUGGAGCUCUGCCUCAAGGUGGUGGUGUCACUGACGGUCUACGGCCUCUUCAUGGUGGACGGCUUCUCCAACGUCCUGUGGGAGAAGCUGGACGACUACGUCUACUACGUGCGCUCCACGGGCAACAUCAUCGAGUUCCUGUUCGGCGUCAUCAUGUUCGGAAACGGCGCCUACACCAUGAUGUUCGAGUCGGGCAGCAAGAUCCGCGCGUGCAUGAUGUGCCUGCACGCCUACUUCAACAUCUACCUGCAGGCCAAGAAUGGCUGGAAGACCUUCAUCAACCGCCGCACCGCCGUCAAGAAGAUCAACUCGCUGCCGGAGAUGCGCGGCGACCAGCUGACAAACAUCGAGGACGUGUGCGCCAUCUGUUACCAGGAGUUCUCCACGUCGGCGCGCAUCACGCCCUGCCACCACUACUUCCACGCGCUGUGCCUGAGGAAGUGGCUCUACAUCCAGGACACGUGUCCCAUGUGCCACCAGAGAGUGUACGUGGAGGACGAGAGCCGGGACCGAGCCGCCUUUUCUAAUAACAACGGGGGCUACGCGGCGCCGCAAGACGUCGCCGCGGCAAACCCAGCGGCUCCGGACGCCGAGCUGCUGGGCGACGAUGGGGCGGCGGCUGGCCGCGUCCUGGCCGCGGCAGGACCGGGGGGGCUCGACAACGAGCUGCUGGAGGACAACGACAGCAUAGAGUACGACGAGGACGAGUGGGGGACUCAACAUGGCAGCUCGCCAGUAGAAGAAGACUAUAUCAACGAUGACACAGACUCCACCGAGGACUGACAGGAAGAGAUCUAUAGAAGAGAAAUAUACGUAUAUAUCUUUAUUAUAUUUAAGUUAAUAAUUAUAAUUAUAAAAAACACAACAGCAUCUUAAUUUGUUCUUGGAAAAAUGUCAGGGAUGUCAUGCUUUUUAUUCUUUUUUUGUUUUUGUUUGAUUUUGAGUUUUACUCUAAAAGGGCUCGAGGAAAGAUUAACUGCUGCUCUGAGUGAGUGUGUGUGUGCGCGUGUGCGUGCGUGCGUGCGUGUGUGUGUGCGUGCGUGCACGCCGAGGCUGCAUGAUGUAGACCAAAAACUCAUACUUAUUAUUUUAUAACCAUUUUAAUAACCUAAAUUUUGAAAUGUGUGCACAGCCGUCUCUGCACGGUUUAUUAGCUGAUCAAACAUCAGUAAGUUCAUGCACAGAUUCUCUGCUAUAUAUAUAUAUAUAUAUAUAUAUACAUACAUACAAGU